AUGGCACUCUGGGCUUCCGUGUUUGUAGUCCUGGUGGCCAUUGUCCUGAUAGGGCUGUACAGGUUAGGGGCCUUGCGGCAGAGGAAGGCCAGAGAGCCUCCACUGGACAAGGGCCCCAUCCCCUGGCUGGGUUAUAUCAAGGAAUUUUGUGAGGAUGCUUCCAUUUUCCUGAAGAAGAUGCAAAAGCGCCAUGGAGACAUCUUCACUGUUCAGCUUUGUGGCCGAUAUAUCACCUUUGUCACAGACCCCUUCUCUUUUGAGGCCAUCCUGAAGGAGAACAGAGGCAAGCUGGGCUUUUCCAACUUGGUUUCUGAGUUGGUGAUCAAAAUCUUUGAGUUCCAGGCAGAGGAAGGUCAUCAGAAGAUAUCGAGCAAUACCCACACAAAGCACCUGUCGGCUGGCAGUUUAGUUGUUAUGACCCAGGCUGUGGUGGAUAAUCUACAGGCCCUAUUGCUAGAACCUGAUGGUGGCAUAAGACCAGCACACCAGGAGUGGAAGCAGGAUGGGCUACUUGAAUAUUGCUACAACGUUAUCUUUAGAGCUAGUUACCUGGCCUUGUUUGGGAGCUUACCCACAAAUGGCAAGACAGGACGCAUUCAGGACCUCCUCCACUCCCAGAAAGUCUUUGAAGAAUUUAGGAAAUUUGACAGACUCUUUCCUCGGGCAUUUUAUUCCACACUUCGUCCCAAGGAGAAGCAAGAAAUGAAGAGGCUCAGACACUUUUUCUGGGAUAUUCUCUCUUCACAACAGAUCCUGGAGAAGGAUAAUGUGAGUACAUGGAUCCAUUCCAUUCAGCAACAGAUGGUUGAAAAUGGAGUGUCUGACAAAGGACAGAGUCAAAAUAACCUGGUACUCCUCUGGGCUUCCCAGGGCAGCACAACCAUUGUGAACUUCUGGGCUCUCUUCUUCCUUCUGAAGAAUCCCGAGGCUCUAAAGGCUGUGAGAGAGGAGGCAGAAGGAAUCCUCAGGAAAAUGGGGCAGGAGAAGAGACCAGCUGGGGUACCCAUCAAUUUUGAUUAUAAUAUACUGAAACAGACCCCAGUGCUGGAUGGUGUCAUGGAGGAGACAUUACGCAUGGUGGUUGCCCCUUUCCUGAUCAGAUCUGUCAUGCAGGAUAUGACCUUAAAAAUGGAUGAUGGCAGAGAGUAUGCCCUCCGCAAGGGAGAUGAAAUUUCCGUCUUCCCCUACCUUUUCCUCCAUAUGGACCCAGAAAUCCACCCAGACCCCACCACAUUCAAAUAUGACCGUUUCCUGAACCCUGAUGGCAGCCAAAAGGUAGUUUUCUACAAGCAAGGGAGGAAGAUCAAAUCCCACAUGUUGCCAUGGGGUGCUGGCACCUCCCUCUGUCCUGGGAGGUUCUUUGCCCUCAAUAAGAUUAAAAUGUUUGUCUUCUUGAUGGUUACACAAUAUGAUAUAGAGUUAGUUGAUCAAGAGGCGGAGAUCCCUCCAAUAAAUGCGAAGAGAUGGGGAAUGGGUCCCCUACAGCCAAUGUAUGAUGUCCAGUUCCGAUAUCGGAUGCGCUUCUAGAUUGAUGGUGAAAACUUUUGCACAACCUUAGGAAUGCAGUGGGGAAGUUGCUACCUCCCCUUUCUAAUCACCCACUCACUCCCCAGAAUUUUCUCUCCUAUAA